AUGCAGACAUCUUUAACCUUUGCAGCCACCACCACCGUUGUGCCUCUGACAACACCAAAGAGUGUCUCACAUCUUACCACUUUCCCUACCAAAUUCACUGCCUCACGUGCUUCUCCACCUCGUUACACUGCAAUCAGAGUUGCUUCCGGGAACUCUGACCCUUCAACAGUCAACUACAACUCAGCAUUCUCUGUGUUUCCAGCUGAGGCAUGUGAAACGGUUGGAGGGGAAGCUUGUUUGGCAGACAUGUAUCCUGAAGUGAAGCUUCAGCCAGAGGCAAGUAAUGACACAAAAAAAGCUGUAGCUUCAGAGAACAUUGAAAGAGACUAUCUUGAAUACAAUGACCCUAAGACGGUUUUCCAAGCAGAGGCUUGUGAUGAUCUUGGAGGAACUUUCUGUGAACCUGAUUAUCAGAAGGGUGUUUACUAG